AUGGGGCUCGACCGCAUCAUGACACCCCCUUCCUCUUCGGCAUCAACGAUGCCCGUGGCCUGGAUGCUGCCAACAACAACAACGACCACCACCACCGCCAGCGACUACGCCAAAUCUUCCGCAUCUUCUGCUGCCCCGACAUCUACGACGACCGCCUCGAGUCGCAUCCCGGCGCAGGACAUCAUCCUCUCCACCCUGCACCAGCUCCUCGACCCCGCCCUCCAGCCGCCACCGCCCCAGCCCCACCACCAGCUGCCCCGACGCCCGGCGACCCGCGCAUCGCCAUCAUCAUCAUCCGCCAACGAUGUAGUCGACAUCACCAACCGCUCGUCGCGCAGCACCAGAAGCACCGGUACUCGCACCAAGCCACCACCGUCAUCGUCAUCGGCGUCGUCGGGCCGGGCCGUUCAACAUCACCAGCGCCAGGAGAGCUCCGCCGGGGUGUCGGCAAACUCCCAAAGAGGAGCUCCGCCGCCGACGGCAAUUUCCUUCCCCGGCUUCGUCAACGCUGCUGGACCCGCCGCCAGCGCGCCCGGUCUCUCGGCGCUGGUCCAGGACCUGUCAUCGUCGCUGCCGCAUCUGCUGCAGGUCGCCGCCUUCUCGGGGAUCUCGCCCCAGGCGCUCCUCGCCUCCCUUGUCACCGCCAUGCCCGCCGGCGUCGAUCCCGCUACUCUCCAGCUCCAGUCACAGCCCCAGCCACAGCGCCAGGGUGCGGCGGCCAUGGGCUCCAGUUCAGGGUCUACCACUACAACUGCUGCCGCUGCUACGAAGGCGCCGGCGCCGACACCGCACAUCCCAGACCCGACGUACCCGCGCGCGGUGACGACAGCCCAUAAGCUCCCGUUGCCCAAGGCACACAGCGGCGGCGGCGGCCUCUCGUUCACGCCGUCGGUCACGUCGGCCUUCACCUCCCUCAAGCGCCCCGGCGAGGUGGCCAGGUCGUCGCCCCCGCGCUCGCCCAACCCGCCACCACUUUCGAGCGCCGCCGCGGCCAGGGCCACCACCGCCGGCAAGCCGACUCCGACGAGCAGCGUGCCCCUGCCGGCCCUCGCCGUGCCCGGCUUCCCGGGGCUGCCCCCGCCCGACUACGCCGCCACGCUGGCCGCCUUGGCCGCAUCGCAGCAGCCGCCGAUGGCUGCCCCCGCGGGGGCGGCGGCCACCACCGACUACCAGGCGCGGAUGCAGCAGUACAUGCAGUUCCUCCUCCUACUCCAGCAGCAGCAGCCUCCGCAACAGCAGCAGCUGCCGCCGGGUUUCGCGGUGGCGCCUCUGCCGUACAUCACCACGCCCCUCGGUUCCAUCAUCACCGCCCCCGCGCAGUCGUCGUUGUCUUCGUCGGCGGCCUCGACGACAUCGACAUCGGGCAAGCGGGCACGGACGAGCGUCAAGCAAGAGAGCGGCGGUACCAAGCGCAGCAGGGGGUCGCGCGACGACUGUCCAGUGACGGGCCGCACCAGCUCCAAUGCGGGGCCGGCCCCGACCGGCGACGCCAGCGACACGGCCGCGUCGCGUAAGCGGACCAGGCUGGACGACCAAUACGGCCAGCUGACCGACCUGGGUCCUCCCCCUCGCACUGCCGGCGGUGCAACACGAGACGGCAGCGCUCAGCCGACCCCGCGCCGCCGCGCCGAGGCCAGCUUCGGCGACGGCGACGACGAUGAUGAUGACGCGGUGAAGCGGAAGCGGAUCAACCAGAGCCAGCUCGACGUGCUCGAGGCGGCCUACCUGGACGACCCUCUGCCGAGCCGGAGGACCAAGCAGCGGCUCUCCACCCAGCUCGGCAUCUCCAUCAAGCGCGUCCAGAUCUGGUUCCAGAACAGGCGGGCCAAGCAGAAGAGGCAGAGGAAGGACGGGUCCGACAGCGGAGGCGACACGUUUCCCGAAGACGGGAGCGACGACCCCCCGUCCGGGGGCCUGUUCGGCCUCAUGGACUAG